UAAAAUUGUAAAAAUCGAGUGUCGGUGUAUAUUUAUUACCGAGUACGUGGGGAAUGAUAUUUAUUUAUUGUCAUUAGAAUGACUAACGUUGACACCAACGGCUCAUCAAAUGGAAAAGAUUCAUCAUCUGAAUUUGAAAACGUGGAUCCUAGAACUUCAGUUUUGUCGGAAUUACAAUUACGCAGUACAGAGCAUAGAUUAAUAACAGAGACACCAGAUUAUGAAAAUCUCAGUACGUCUGCGAUUCUCCAUUACUGCAAAUGUAAAAUUCUACGUCCUUAUCUCCGACUUCUAGCAGUUAUGGGUUUGAAACCGACCGCCACAGAUUCCGAACACUUUUCUAGGUAUUGCGUUCUGUCAAACAUUCAUACAUUCCAAGUUAUUAUUUUUAUGUGCGUCGGAUAUAUUCUUCAGUACAUGGCAUGUUUUAGAAGAGACCGCGGAUUCUGUUACAAACUCAUGCCAGUAAAGUAUGAAGAGACAGAAAACAUAACUCGAGCACAAGUUUACGAGCAAAUAUGCUACGGGAACGCAAUCUUCAGCUACUUGAUUCCCAGUACUCUUCAUCUGGUAGCUUACUUAUACACAGUUUAUCUAUUUCGUAUACAAGAAAACGAACAGUUACCCAAUCUUAUGGAAAGAGCUUUUCUACUAUCUUCAAAUUCAGCGAAUCGGGGCAAUCAGAAAAAACUUGUUAGAAUUUUAUGGCUGUUUAUUGGAUUGAGUGGUGUGUGGAUGACCAUGGCACUGAUAACUGUCAAUAUUAUGAUGGCACAAGGAACUAUUAGAUUUCAAUGGCUUGAUCAAAGUCCGAAACAAGUAAAAGAAAUAUGCAAAGUAUUUUUAAUUAUCUGCACUCUGUGGCACGACAUGGUCCAGGGUACGAUAAUAACGAGUUAUUGCUUGCAAGGUCAAUUAUUAGUGGCCCAUUUGUCAUUUUUAAAGGUAAAAUUACUGGAACAUACUUUGCCGGCGACUGAUUGGAUGAAAGAAAUAUUGGAAUUUAAAAAAUUAUUAAAGUACUUCAAUGACGACUUGGGCCCGGCAGUCUGUAUUUACACAGUUGUAAACUUGUCAUGGGCAGCAGCUGGAACCGCGUGGUUGCUACAAUACGACAGUGUUGAUUCCAAAGAAAAUCUUGUUCCGUAUGUCAGCAUUGUCAAUGUUAUCUUGUGGAUCAUGAUAUCCGUUGUCCCAUUUGUUCAGGCCGCCCGUUUGACGACCGCCUGCUCUAUGAUGCAGAGCAUCGGUCAUGAAGUACGAGUACGACCGUUUGUUUACCAAGGCACACCUGGAAAAGAUCUUGAUUCUAUUUUACUGUAUACUUCCUCAUUAAAAAUGUACGCGAAAAUGUUUCGAGUACCGGUUACUGGAAGAUAUCUUUGUUUGUUUCUUACUAUUGGGUCUAUUGUUAUAAUUACUCUCGGCCAGUGUCAUUUCUUCUCUUGAUGCUCUGAUACAACUGAAUAAAAUUUUUUUUCAAGUCUUAUACAUAUCAAAGUCCUCUACAGAAAAUUUUUCAAUUUUAUUUAUUAAAUUUUACAGGAGG